UGGAGUGGGAUAGCUGUCAAAAUAUUCGUGUCCAUAGAUUUGAUACACGUGCGUAUUUGUCUGUAGUUGUGCAUAAAAUAAAUAUUUGUGAAUUCUCGAAUGAGUCCAGUCGUGCAUAAAACAUAUUGUGUGUAUUUUAUCCAUCAGAAUACGGAUGGAAAAAAAAUACGAAUUCAAAAUUACAAGUACGAAAUCAAUCUUUACAGUUAGGCUUUCUUUGGUACGAGUACGACUUCGCACAAGUGACUCAACUGUCAAAAUACGUCAUCACCGCAUUCACAGGCAUUACUUGUUGAGAAAAGAAACAUAGAUCGAGAUCAAGACUGCGCAUGCGCUGAGGAUAACCGGGCUGGGCCAGAGCAAUAUAAAAGCUGGGCCUGUCUUUUGCGCCAAAAGCUAGAGGGUCUGUGGAAGAGGCAAGAUCGGUGAUGGCCUAGGUGUAUGUUGAACCAUGGCGGACCAAGGAAACCAGGAAUCACCGCUGACGACACAGUUAAUUCGGCACCUGUUCACCAGAAUAACAGAGAUACUGGAUCAGCAACAUUUGGAUCUGGACUAUUUCCACCUUCAGGAAAAGAUCAAUGUGGCCCUAACUCCAGAGGGAGCCCAUGCUCUUGUAACUGAAGAAAGCAGUGGACGAGGACGCCCCAAAUUUCAAGUUUCUGAAGACAUGCUGGCCCACUUGAUUGACAUGUCCUUACCAAUAUCAUCUAUAGCGCACCUGUUGGGCGUCAGUGAAUCAACCAUCUUCAGGCGCAUGCGUGACCUUGGACUAUCAAGCAGAUCUUCAUACAGUAGUUUAACCGACACCGAGCUAGAUAAUGCUGUGUUAUCAAUAAAGUCAAGACUGCCGAAUGCAGGAUACAGAAUGGUUAAAGGAUGCUUACAGGCAGAAGGACACAGGGUCCAGUGGGAGCGGGUGAAGGACUCCAUGCACAGAGUUGAUGCGGAUGGAGUUUUCCAGCGACUGAUGCAGCUUGGGUGCAUUGUCUGAAGGACGUACUGUGUACAACAUCCAUUGUCCCUAGUCCAUAUGGACACAAAUCAUAAAUGAAUAAGGUACAACAUGGUCAUAUUUGGAGCAAUUGACGGUUACUCCAGAAAGAUCAUGUACCUGGAGCCAGCAACAAAUAACCGAUCAAGCACGGCUCUUUCAUUUUUUCUGAAAGCGGUAGAAAAGUACGGUUGGCCUUCCAGGGUCAGGGGUGAUGAAGGGGUUGAAAAUGUGGCGGUUGCUGAAGCCAUGUUCAGUGUGAAAGGCACGGGAAGAGGUAGCUUCAUAGCUGGAAAGAGUGUGCAUAAUCAAAGAAUUGAGCGGUUGUGGCGAGAUGUCUGGGUUAGCGUCACCCAGCUUUACUACGAGGUACUUCACAGCCUCGAGGAAGAAGGCCUGCUGGAUUUGUCAAACAUUCUUCAUCUGUUUUGUGCCCAUCAUGUCUUCCUCCCUCGUUUGGCAGACAGCCUAAACACGUUUGUGGAGGCAUGGGAUAACCACCCAUUAAGGACGGAAGGUGGUCUUACCCCCAACCAACUCUGGGUUUUGGGGAACAUGUCCCAUGGCGAAACUGAAGAAUUGGAGAACCCAGAGUUGUUUGGAACGGACUGGGAGUCAUUUGGUGCGGUCAGAAAUGACUUUGGCGUGCAUGUCCCAGAACAUGAGAGCCCCCUGUCUCCAGCUACAAUGGAAGCUGUGAGGUCUGUUAUUAAUCCCCUUGCAGCAUCCCAAUCAUUUGGUAGGGACCUGUAUAUAGCAAUGAUGCAGAUUGUGACAACAGAAUUAGCAGUGGUUGAGUAAAUCUUAUGACAAAUUGCUACAAAUACCUUUAAAUGCUGAAUUUGACAUCAGUCUGAGCAGUUGAGUAAAGAGCAAUGCCCUUGUUUUUUUCUUUCUGUUUCCAACAACACACACACACACACACACACACACACACACACACACACACACACACACACACACACACACACACACACAUAUAUAUAUACUAUGUAUAUAUAUGCCUGCCCACAGUAUGUACUGUUCUGAAACUUUUGCUGUGCAAGACAUUUCAUAAGUAUUUUUCUGUUGUUUGUGCAAGACUAUAAUACCUAACUGUUCUCUACAUCAAAUGUGUAACUGGACUGAUGCAUAAACUGGCCAUUUUCAAUUAAAGCGUUUUGGAA